AUGUCGCCUAUAACCAAAAAAAGAAAGAUCGGCGACUUCGGUCCUGUUGCUUCCUCGGACCACUUCAGAGAUCUCUACGAGCUUCGCGAAAUAUUCUGCCGCAUGAUGGACGAAGGGACAUGCGGUAUCUGCUCCGCGCUCCUGCUCAGGACGCAUACCACUGAAUGCGGACACAGCUUUUGCAUAAAGUGUACGCGCAAGAUCUUCAGAGACCCUCCUUGCUGCGAGGCACUAGUCCAUGCGGGCUGCCCAAUAUGCCGCAGAGACAUCACCUGCCGUAAAGACCACAAUCGAAGGCUUAUCCUCCCUCGCUCUAUUGUGAUGGAGAAGAUUCUCGGACACCUAAAGCAAUGGGCAGUCAAAUUGAGGGCGAGAGAUGACGCAGCUCGCGCGGCUGGCCAAAAGAUCGAUAUAGACAGCGCGUGGCGGAGGACAGUCUACGAGGUCGCAUCGUUCCAAGAAGACUGCGACGAGCCAGUGGAAGACUCAAGCUGGGACUUGGAACGCUCUUCGGAAGCAGAAUCAGACUGGGAAGAAAACGAAGAGUAA